AAAAAACGUUUGCUAUUUUAGACAAUCAAAUGUUUUCAACGUUUAAAUUGUUGUGUCAAAUUUCGUGAUUUUUGGUAAUUGCAGUCACCCUGCUGCCAGCGCAACCACUAAAAUGUUGAGAACUAUUUCGCCGAUAGCCAGCUGAAAUUUGCAAAUAUAGUUUAGAUUUUAAUUUUAGCCAAAUUGUGAAAUUAUCUAGAAAAUAUUGCAAAAAUACACGAAAAGACGAAGAUACUAACAACUUGUCUCGUGGCGAAAUUAGACAGUACGUUUUUGAGGAGCGUUGAGGAAGAUCGUGUUUUAUUUAACUUAUUGGAGCGCUAUAAAAAGGAAUUGGACAUGGCGACAGCCAAAAUAUCCACAUUUACACCUAAAAACUAUGAAUAUGAUUGUACUCGUAAAUGUCGUUACGUUGAGCAUGCAAAUCGAAUUACUGCAGCGUUAACCAAACGUUCAAUUGAAGACGAAUACCUUGGGGCAUAUAUUGCAAAGACCUGCGCUAACUAUACUGAUAUAGUAGAUGAUCUGGGUCGAUCCGCAGUGCAUUUGGCCGCAUCUGUUAAUCGUUAUGCCAUACUCGAGUGGUUGCUUAAUCAGGGAGCCAUCAUAAACAGUCGUGAUUAUGAAUCUGGAAGUAGUGCUCUCCAUCGUGCAAUCUAUUAUGGAUGUAUUGAUUGUGCCGUUCUUCUUUUGCGUUACGGCGCUAGUCCAGAACUUUUGGAUGAUGACACUCGUUGUGCUUUACAGAAUGUUUGUCGAGCGCGUGAUUUUCCUAUUUUUGCGUCUGUACCCAGCAGCAACGAAAUAUUAGUUUGGGGAACAAAUAAAAAUUAUAAUUUGGGAACGGGAAAUUCGGAACCGACAAAUACGCCACAGUCGGUUGACUUCUUUCGCAAGGAACACAUAUCAAUUGAAAAUGUUGCUCUCGGCGCUUACCACAGUUUAUUUUUGGAUAAAAAAGGAAUACUUUACGCGGUGGGGCAUGGAGAGGGUGGCCGUUUAGGAAAUGGUGUUGAGCAUAGCCUUGCUACACCUAAAAAGGUGAAGAUUCCCAAAAAAAGCUAUGGAGAACGUAUAAUAUGCAUAAGCGCAUCUCGAAAACAUUCGCUUUUGCUAACAGAUAAUUCUGCAGUAUUUGCCUGUGGCUUGAACGAGGAUAAACAAUUGGGAGUGCGAGACGCGGGUGACAAAUUAUCAGUUUUUCGAGAAGUAAUAACAUUGCGUGACUUAAAUGUUUCUGGGCUGGUGCGUGUAAUUGCCAGAGAUUUCCACUCAAUCGCCUACUCAGAACAAAGCAUUUAUAUAUGGGGCACUAACCACGGUCAAAUGGGUAUAGACGUUGAUGUGAAAACUGUACCCUUACCAAAACAAUUGAAAUUACCAUUGAAAACGAAUAUUGAUUUUGUUGAAGGCAAUAACUCCGCGACUGUGGUUUACACCAAGGAAACAAAUAUUUUAUUAUACUUCAAUGGCAAAAUGCGUACAAUCAAACCGCCGAAUUUUGAAGCUUUGAAAAGCAUUUCUGUUGUUGGAGGUGACAUCGUAAAGUCUGGUAAAGGUACGGCUACCGCUUUGAAAUUGCUUAUGCUUACGCAAACAAAUGUCAUAUUUCUUUGGUAUGAAAUGACUCAGCAAUUUUACAGAUGUAAUUUUUCGCAUAUACGCAUCUCACAAAUCGAUAAAAUCUUUUACAAAGCCAAUCAAGUGUUCAUACUUUCGCAAGGCGAUGUCUAUAAAGGCAAAUGUCAACAGGUUCCAGUACCGACUUAUAUGACAAAAAGCGAUACUCAAAAGCAUCCCUCAUCAACGGCUAAUAUAUGGAGUAGUUGUGAUCAGAAUCGAACAGAAAUCUCUAAAGAACACAUGAUACGCAUUGAGCUGCAACGCUAUGCAAGUGUUGAUCGGGCCGUCGAUAUAUUCUGUGAUGACGAUUUCACAUCGUUUGCUGUUUUACAGGAAUCACAUUUGAAAUAUUUCAAAUUACCCAAUUUAACGCAUGAAGAAUACAGUUUCAAAAAACUGUACAAUGAAAUGGACGAAUUCGAUACGGUGCAUGAUGUAGUGUUUCAUGUUGACAGUGAAACGUAUGCCGCGCACAAAUUCUUUGUGUUCGCUCGAGCGCCUGGUUUGCGUGAUAUUCUCCAAUCUUAUGAAGAUGAACAUAUCUAUCUGAAUUUCAAAUUAAUGACUGGCAAGAUGUUCGAAUUGAUGUUAAAAUAUAUAUACACAAAUCAAUUUCCAAAUGAAGAUGAUUUAGAUAACAUUCAACACAGCUUAGGUCCAGAUUGUCCAACAGAGCGUGUCGAUAUUUGCAAACUGUUUUUACAAUUCGUUGAAAAAUUCAAAAUUCAAAAUUUAGCAAAUUUUCUGCAAAGUUUUAUACAGAAGUCUCCGUUCUAUCUACCACAAUUAGCGGAUAAAUCUAAAUACCGUUUCAGUCGCCUUUACCACAGUGAAUUUCCCGAACUUUAUGAUGUGCGCAUUAUUUGCGGUGACGACGUAGUCAUACCCGCGCAUAAAUGCAUACUAGUUGCUCGGCUUGAAUACUUCAACAUGAUGUUCACACACACCUGGGCUGAACAGAGCACAAUCAAUUUGAGCACAAUACCACCGGAGUAUAUGCGCCCUAUUGUGGAGUUCUUAUACAGCUCUGAUGUGGAGCACUUUCGCAAGCAGAACUUCUCCGAAACAUUCUUAUUUAAUAUGAUUGUGUACUGUGAUCAAUUCUUUAUAGAAAGUUUGCGUAAGGUGUGCGAAAUGUUGAUAUUGGACAAGAUAACUAUACGGAAAUGUGGAGAAUUCUUGGAUUUUGCUUGCGUGUAUAAUUGUGAAAUAUUGAAGUUGGGAUGCUUGGAGUUCAUUUGCCAGAAUUUAGCACGAGUAUUGAACUACAAAAGUUUGGAUGUGUGCGAACCCGAAGCGCUGAAGUAUAUAAAUGAACAUUAUAGAAAAACAUUUAAGGAUGUAUUUGACUAUCGUAUGAUAACACCUGAUUCAGAUGCGGUGGAUGAUGAAUUGUUAUUAAGUUUUGUGGAUGAUUUCCGAAUCGAUCUGAAUUACCGUAUGGAUGAAGACGAAGAUGCUAUGAAUAAAUCGACCAAGCAAAAGUCUAAAGACGGCAAAUAUAACAUGAAUGCCAAACGUCAAUAUGAGCUUGAAGCAAUAUCUUCCAUGCUAGAAACAAUAAAUGUGAAUGAAAAAAAUCUGAAAGUAGCCCAGGAAUCAAAGGCGACAAAAGAAGCUUCAGAGGCUGCGGAAAAACUCCAAGCCGAGGCACGAACUUGGAUGAAGGUGGCUGAUAAAAAAGAACAAAAGAAACGUCAACCAGUCGAUCUUGCGCCCAAAGUCAAUGAGUUGUUGAAAGCAGACGAUACACCAAAAGUUGAAUACGUUUCUCUAACUAAGACGAAUGGAGAGAGUACAGCUUCAGUGGCAACUAACAACAUUUUAAAAACGCCUGAAAAGUCUUUAGCUGAGGAGCACACUGCAGUCACUCCCAACAAGGGAUACAGCUUGAAUUUAGCUGACUUCACAACACCACCCUCGCGUGAAAAGCUCUCCCAGAAACAACGCAAGCGACUCUCUUCGGAAUCGACUACUUCAUGGCGAGCAUCGGCAACACCGAACAGCAAACCGGUUAACGUGCCGGCUUUGCCGCCGAAUGCUUGGGGUGUUGUCACACAGGCUUCUCCAAGCGCCUACUCCGUUUCCCCGCCCACAGGCAGUAUUGCCGACCCAAGUUCGUUUGCGAAUAUGAUGCGAGGCGGCGCAAGCACUGUGAGUAGCAGUAGCCCGGACAAUAGUUUUUCACGCAUUUUAGCCGAUGAACGGAAGCAACGCGAUAACUACGAGCGCUUGCGUAACAAAUCGCUCGCGCUGACGCAAAUAGAAGAACAGGCAAUAGCUGAGUUACGUGAAUUCUACAAUGUUGAUAAUGUAACGGAUGAGCAAAUUACAAUCGAACGAAAGUCACUGCCAACAACCAUGAAUUUUGCCGUCUGGCAACGUCAUUAAGCCGAUAACGGAUCGUAGAAGUUUGGAAAAGUGAGAUUAAAGGUAACUGCAAAUGAAAAGCCAGUGUACAGACCGGCACAUUUAUAUUUGCAUAAUAAUUAGAUAUAAUAGUUAUUUUUGUUUUUUUAUUAGCUUUACCAUUAAAGCUAUUAUUCCUAGCUUUAGGUUUAUUUUAUUUUAAUCAAUUAUAUUAUAGACAAACAGCGUUUUAUAUUUACAUAUGUAAGGACUACAUAGUUAAUAAAUAUUUCAAUCAAACAUUUUUAGGUUAAAUAUACUUUUCAGUUUACAACAAAUUCUUAAACACACAACAAAGUACCGUUAUGAGGCAUUUAAGGCUACUUAACUUUACAAUAAAGUACAUUUUGAAACCAAA